UGACGCAGUUUGUUACCAGAUACCAACACAAAGGCACCUGUGUAUUCAAACAUACCUAUCUGUCUGUAGAUCACAGUGGCACUUGCAUCCACCCUGACGAAAGAUGAACAAGACCGGUAAAGAGUUGCUGAUUAUCUUCGAGGAGGAGGCAGAGCAGUGGGCCUCAUACAUGCACUCUAUCCUGGCCAGAUCUGUUCCAGAGAUGGGAAUUUGUUGCUACAACAUUGCUAUGGUGUCCAGUCGGCGAGACAACUUUUUGGAGCUGAAUGGCUACAAGUGCAAACUGCUCAUCCUGUCGCGGGGUAUGCUGGAAGGCAUGUGCCAGCUGCACCGCUUUUUUUUAGCACGUGUGCUGAGGCCUGAGGCGUGUGUGGUGGUGCUGCUGUGCGGUGUCGAUAGCUUGGAACCCCUGCUAGAACUCGUUCCUCUCAAGGGUGAAGAAUGCCUUCAGAUCUCGAGUGAUCAAGACGCACAGGAGUACCACUCGGCCGUGCUCGAUAUAAUUCAAGGAGUUUCAGGUGGACAGACAUCAGCAGUGGACACAAGAAUAACUCUGGGACCAAAGCUGGACAGAAGGCAUUCUGCUGGUCUUGCAUUCACCAAACCUCUACUAGUCAUGCCCAGUCGUGUUCCUUGUGAGAAUCCCGGGGAGGUGUUCCUUCUCCUGCAGCAGUCCAUGGCCAGUAAAGACUUGGAGGUGGAGUUCAGUGGGGGCUUGCAGAAAGUGAGAAUAAAGCCAGUGAAAUGGAAUGACAGUGCUCUCAGUGUGACUGCUGCAGAAUUUCCUGCCGGAACCGUGACUGUAACACUCUACUGCGGAGGUGUCAUGAAGGGCAGUACACACCUACACUACUACGACACUAUGGGAGAGAUUUCACGCCUGCUCAAGCAGGCUGCAGACCCGAUGAACUUCAUGUGUCAGGCUUUUCAAACCUCCUCUUUGGAGAAGAUAGAUCACAUUCUCGCUGCAUGCGUGUUGAAAAAGAUGCCUAGCGGAGGUUUCCAUGGACUGCAGAAUGAUCAGAUUCUGACUGGAGAAUCCCACUCGGAGGACAUCCCGACUCUAUUGCACUUUGCGGCAAAGUACGGGCUGACAGAUCUGGCCAGCGUUCUGCUGCAGUGCCCUGGAGCUCAGCAAGCUAUGAGAAGUACCAACUGUUUUGGACACACACCUCUGGUGCUAGCACAUGCAAAUGGACACUCACAACUCCACAUCCUUCUGGAGCAAUCACUGGCGAAGAGCAGUGGUGAUGACAUGAGUGAGGACACGAGUGUAUAUGAGUUGAUGGGCAGUACUGCGCAUCUGCAGGUUGCCGACACCCAUGAUGAGCCGCACACCGGGAGAGUCAGAGACGCUACAUUGCAAGUGAAGGCAGACAACGAUCCCUAUACACUAGAAAUGAAUGAUGAAGAAUACGACAUGAUUCUGACCUCCAGCAGCUCCAUGGUGAUGUCCAACCGCCCCCCUGCACCUGCCCCCAGACCUGAGAGUCUCCCUACCAAGGAGGAAAACUUACCUUACAUCGCUCAGGUGUUCCAGAAGAAAAUGUCCCAGGCAGAUACUGAAACGCUCUACUCACUUCCUGCUAAGCAAACCGGUGGUCAAGACUCAUGUACAUAUGACACCUUUAUGCCGGGUCCGGCACCGGGACUGGACGAGCUCAUUAAACUGCAGGAGCAGGUGAAGAAAGGAUCACUCAGCGUGGAUGAGGCCCUGGAGAGAUUUAGUGACUGGCAGAGGGUUCAGAAAGGAUUAGAUGGCAUCCAGCAGGAAAAACUGAGGCAGUUGCGGGCAAGCAUCAUGAACAACAGAGAGGACGACGACAGUGUCUACGAUAAAAUCAACAUCGUUCAUCACACACCACCUCCAACUACAAAAGAAUGCAGAAGAGGAAGCCAGCAAAGCGAGACAAAUUUCUACAGCAAAUCUUCCAAAGGACAGCAUUCAAAUUUCUUUAGGAAAGCAGAUAAGCGAUAAAAGAAAUAUGAAGCCAUUUGUAGUUCCAAGCUGUGAUGACAAGUGGAAUACUGGAAUGAUUUAAUGUGAAACUAUAAUUGUUUGUCAUCUGAAAAGGAAUCAAUGGAAAAAAAGUAGAAAACAAUUCUGAAAAUCUUAAGACUUUACACUACAAUGUUUUGUGGAAUUCUUUUUUUCUUUUGCAUUGAUAAUAAAAUAAUAAUAAUAAAUAUAUUUAUGUAACAAACA